GAAAAUUAAUAUCGACAUCAAUAUAUUAGGGCUUUAAGCUACAUUUUAUCAUUUCAAAAGUCCAGCCAUUAUCUGAUUAGAGGGUUAACAGUGGUUUUGCCUACUUUAUCAGUGGGUUAACCAGUUGCAGCUAUAAUACAUACACAAUAUACACAAAAGGCGGCCGUCUUUCCCUGCGUCUUUACCCUCUCUCACCCGAAACCAUUCAGCGGCCCUACGCCGCUGCGACCGCCGGAGGUUUUUGGAUUACAUCCGUUUCGCGAAACUUUAGUUCUGCGCAACAUGAUUCUGCCGGCAGUUGUUAGUCAUGGGUUUAUCCCUCGAUUCUGAGAUCCUGGUUGGAGAGCGAGAGCGAUAGAGAGAUCUUGCGAGGGAUAAGAGAGUAGAAGAAAAUGGCAGAUUGUUCGGGCUUGAGCUCGGGCUACAAAGAGUAUGUCGCGGGUAUGCUGGCGGGUGUUGCCACAGUCGUUGUGGGUCAUCCAUUCGACACAGUCAAGGUGAAGCUUCAAAAACACAACGCAGGAGCUAAUGGGAUGAAGUACAAGAGUGGUUUUCACUGUACUGCGGCAAUAUUGAAGACUGAUGGAGUGAAGGGCCUUUAUCGCGGUGCAACACCUUCUUUUGUUGGAAUGGCUUGUGAAAGCUCACUUGCUUUCGGAAUUUAUUCCCAGACAAAACAGUUUCUGCAGGGAGAAAUAACAAAUGGGAAGCCGCAGCUUCGUGCGAUAGUUCCUUCGGGAGCUUUUGCUGGAGCUCUUAUCAGCUUUAUAUUGUGCCCAUCAGAGCUGGUAAAGUGUAGAAUGCAAGUUCAAGGCUCCUUCAUUCAUAGUUCAAGCACAUACAACAGUCCCAUUGAUUGCGCCCUUAAAACUCUUAAAAGUGAAGGGUUUGCUCUUCAGCUGACAGGAUUAUUCCGAGGAGGCAGUGCUACUUUUUUAAGAGAAUCUCUUGGAAAUGCAGUCUUCUUUAGCACUUACGAGCACAUGCGUUAUUACAUGCGUUUACCACUGAGAGAUACUUCCUCUGAUUUAACCCAUUUUAUUGAUGUAGGAAUCGGGAUUGUUAGUGGUGGCUUAAGUGGGAUAGCAUGUUGGUCUGUUGUUCUACCCUUGGAUGUGGCAAAGACUAUAAUUCAAACUUCAUCAGACAAGAAACAGACCAGGAAUCCAUUUCGGAUUCUUCAAUCGAUCUACGGGAGGUCCGGAAUUAGGGGAUGCUAUACAGGUCUUGGUCCUACAAUAGUUAGAGCAUUUCCUGCUAAUGCCGCUGCUAUUGUCACAUGGGAACUAGCCAUGAAGUUGCUGGGCAUCAAGCGCGAAUAGGACUGGUGCACCAUAGGAAUGCCUAGUGCAUAUUAUCCUUUACGACGACCUGUAUUAUGUUUUCUUGUUGCCUGCAUUCAGAGUGAUUCUUUCAAGGUGUGAGGCUCCUGAUAUGAUACUAUACCAUCAACUGAUAUGAGGAAUUGGAUAAAAGUUUAUUGUGUUAUGGUCAGCUUAUUGGUCACUGAAGUUGGUGUGACAUCUUUUUUUUUUUUAAAUUCUUCUUUUCUUAGGCCCAUCAGUGGGUAAGUUGUUAAUGAUUGAUGUCAACAGUUUUAAAAUCCUGCCUUAACUAUGAAUGGCAGUUCAAUUGUCUGACAUAGGAACUUCUAUUGUGAUGGAAUAGUGGAAAGGAACUUGUGUACUCUUGCAAUUCAGGACCAAUCUAUUUUAAAUAAUCUCAUUGAAUAUUUCAGUAGCCUAUAAAAAAAUUACUGAGUGGCGUGAUCUUAUAUUUUUUCAUUUCCU